AUGGAUACUUUGGUCGACGCUGUGAAAGACAAUGCAAACAUUGCCUUACAUCAGGUUGGUAUGGAGACAACUGUGAGAAAAAGUGCAACGAUUAAUGUACCAAAGCAUCAUGUGACCAGCUUACGGGGGCUUGUAGCAACGGGUGCAUUCCAGGAUGGUAUGGCUACACCUGCGAUAAUGUCUGCACAAAUACCUGUCAUAACAGGUCAUGCAAUCAACUUUCCGGUAAUUGUAGUAAUGGUUGUUUGUAUGGCUGUCUUAAACUCAGGUAUUGAUCCAGUAGUGUAUGCUGUUGGUGGUUGCCUGUUUGGAGUUAUAGUAUCACUGUCAUGUGCAGUCAUAAUUGUUUACAUACGGAAAGCAAUUAUAAAACGCAGGUGGUAUAAUUUUGACACCUCUGCGAGAGAAAGCUCAACCCAAAUUUACGACGAAAUUGUGCUGAGCAGCGGUAGCACUCUGGGAUCAAUUAGCAAUACAUACACGGACAUUCGGUCUGAACUUACAGUAGAAAACAUUGAAGAAUCUAGCUCUCGUUUUAGCAGAUAUUAUGAACUACAAGACAUUGGAACUAGUAAAUCAGUCCCACGCCAUCAUCUAGAGAUAGAUGACAAAGCUGCCAUUAUUCACUCUGAUAAGCAUGUAGUAGGUACGAGUUCUAGGGUAAAUACAGACAGUCUCGAUGGAAGAGGUGUCGCACUUUCAUGGCCCACAACAUUGACAAAACAGCAAGAAACAAAACAUCUUAGUUAUAAGUGUGACGUAUCAGCUAGUUCUGUAAAUAGAUCUAGAAGUAUAACACAUUUAGAUAAUGGCGCACGAGACAGUUGUAUCAAUUACAGGGAUAUGAAAUGUAACUCCUUUGAGCAAGUACAACUACAUAUGGGUAGAAAUGAGGGAGAAGAUAGUGGAAGCGUCUAUUAUUUGCAUCCAAUCAGUUAACACUACACACCGUACUUUUUAGUAUAAAGAAGUUCUAGAAAAUUGCAUGUGAGAUGUGAAAGGUAUUUUUCUAUGAAUUUAUUUUCAUUCCCUUGUUACAUAUUUUUCUGCAACAUGUGUUAACAAAUCUAUGCAGACAUAUUUUCAGUUUACAAAUGUUUUAUUAUCAUUUCAAUACAACGUCUUUCUAAGGAAUAUGACAAGCGUUUGUCAUUAAUGAAAUGCACUGACGUUAUGGCCCACACGUUGAAAUUAUUGUUUUGUAUUCUUCGUCUUCUUCUUCUUGUUUUU